AUGUCGACCAGAAGCAACCCGAAUUUUACCUAUUUAGUAUCUCCUACACCCAAACCUUGCUCCAAGGACUGCAUACAAGCUAUAAAGGCACUCAAACGUACCAAAAGGGGCAAAGAACUGCACGAAUGCGAUUGUGAACUGGAUGGCCAUUGUUUAGUUGUGAAAGCUCGCGUCGCGCGCUGCUUGAACAGGACGAAACAUGGACCGUACAUUAGCUGUACGAAUGCGCUAGUGAAUUGUACGAUGGACCCGACAUGUAAAUUCUUACAGAGUAAAUUUCUCGAAGAUUGUCGCGAGAUGGUCAAUGGAGUUCGAUGCGAAGAGAAAUGCUUGAGAAUUCAAGAUAGAUUGUUUCGGUCGACUUACGGAAAGCCUCUGGCCAAAUGCGCAUGUGACGGUCCUACCGAACCAUACUGUCUCGGCAUCCAAGCACAUGCAAAGCAGUUACGUUGCAGUCCGGGAAUGGAUGGCUCUGGUUCACCCGCCUUUACUUACAUCGCCAUCGCCACAGAUUCAAGAAUUCACGGAGAAGAAAUAGAACCGAAAAGCACAAACAACAACACUGCCAAUUUUCAUUCUCCGGCCUGGACGUCGGUGGUGGUAUUAAUUUUAACAUCAUUUUAUUUUAAAGUCUUCCUUUAACGGUAAUUUUAAAACUUGCUUGUUUUUGCUCUGUGAUGUUUGUUUACGUAUAAAUAUACUUGUAAGUAGCAUUUUUGUUAACUAAUUGUUUCCUUUAAUGCUUAUUAAUUAGCUCGUUCCUUGCGCUCAAUUAGACGAGCUAUCGAAGCUUAGUCGUUCUAGGCAAUUCUGUUUCAUAAUUAUUUGUACAUAUAUUAACGAACUUGAGAAAUAGCCUAUGGACAUGUCAGAGUUUAGCUUAGCUUAAGUAUUUGCUAAAUCACACGAAUAUUCUAUCGUAUCGAGAUUUCAUCCACAAAUGAUGAUGGAUGAGUUAGGUUAGCGCUGUUUGCGCUGUAGUCAAGUUUACAGCUGUUGUCAUAUACUUGGUUUUAAAGAUAUUUGAAUGGAUUUUAAUGACGGUUUUUACUGCAGAAAUGCGUAUCUAUGUACAGUAUAUAUUUCACGAAGACCAUUUCGGCGUAAAAAUAUACUUAUCAGAAAAAAUCGCGCUCUACCAGGAACUGUAUACAUCAUCGAUCCUUCCCGACAUUUUGCGCUUAAAACUCCGUCAUUAAAAACCCUUCAUUCUUUAAUACAGCUAGUUUACACUAUUGAAGUUACUUUGAACAAAGAACAGUUGAGUCGUAAAGUGUAAAAAAUUGACUUGGAUUGUGUCUGAGUUUCCUGAAAAAGAUUAAAGACGCGAUUGACGUUUUCGACCAAGAUCCAUUGGCAUUGUCGUCGCUUCGCUUCAAACGCAUUAAAUAUCAAAGUCUUUUAAAUCUUUUCGGAUAUAGUUCAGACACGAACCACGGCAACUUAUUGUAGAAUUCUACCAACACUGUAGCCAAACGUUUGUUUAAAGUGUAAAUGUGUUUGAAAUACUUAAAUAAAAGCGCGCACCCGCUUUUAAAAACCUUUCAAAUCGUGAAUUUCAAAAGCAAAAGUUCGCCAUUGUGAUAAUUUUCACAUAAAUCGUGUCGAUAGUGUAAGCCAGUCUUUCUGUAUAUGUUUGUCUAUAAAUGGACACAGUAAAUUAUAUUUGUAGCUAUUCACUAAAAAUCUUUGUGUAAAUAUAACUGUAUUCUCCACUUAACAGUAUAUGCGUUGUUGUAUAGAGAUCGAACUGAUAGGGUAAUAUGAAUAAAGAUAAUAUUCCAAGGAUUGCGCGUUCAAGUAGACAAAGCUUCGAGAUAAAAAAAAAUGCUCGUAACUUUAAAAGUGCUAUCUGCACUGCACUAAUUUAGUAAACCCACGAUUAGAUGUGUUUUCAUUGCCUACUUGUAAUUAUCCAGUAAAUAAACAAAUUCAGAGAACUUAAUUUGUUUACACAAGCCCGCGAUUUGUAUUUUUCCUUUACGUGCGCAGAAGCAUCCUUCGGUAAAAAGAUGUCGUUUGUAUCUUUUCGGCUCAUUGCGAUCAUGAAAGUCCGGCACUUGAACUUUGCUGUUAGAUUGAAGUUUUGAAACAUCGCUAUAAGCCAGAUCAUGAGAAUAACGCUUCACUUCCAUUCGAUGGCAAAGCGACUAUGGAAGCCGUAAUGGGCUCGAACACCAUUUGUGGUUAA